AUCUUUGUAUUUUAGUUUUUCUUACUACAGAAUCGAGUCUAACGAAUCAUUUCUGCAGAGUUAACUAAGAAUUUCUUGAUGUUAUUCGAUAUGAUUGUCAAUUACAGGUGGGUCGUGAUAUGCGCGUGGUGGUGCAUAAUGACCAGAAAAUGGACAAGAUUGAGAGCCGGCAACUGCAAGGAGGAUAACUUUGGAUUGCAGCAAGGAUUUUCAACCGUCACCGCCGUCGCGGCUUGGGGACUCCCCGCCGCACACACUAUCGCUGUGCUGGUCACAAGAGACGUCGAUGCUGACGAAUUAACCGCAAGUUGUUUCGUCGGCCAGCAAAAUACGCAUUCUCUACUUGUAUUGGUGUUAGCGCCACAAUUCGUCUAUUUGUCGUUCGGGACGACGUUUUUGUUGGUCGGCUUGGCGUCGUUGGCGUUACCACGACGUCCGACGGUGACGCCAACAUCAACGUCGUUGACUACAGCGACGUCGGCGUUAACAGCGUCUCACACGAAUCCUUUAACUCGUCAGCAACGGGAAGCGCCCGGCAAAUUGUCUCCGGUGAAAAUUUACCGGCGGCAAAAGCAGCUGUUAACGCGCGUAGGCAUAUUUAGUUGUCUUUAUGCUGGACUGAUGAUCUGCAUCACCAGCACGACCUUCUACGAAUGGUGGGGUAGAGAAACGUGGCUUCGAGCGCCGGAACCAUCGACGGCGCCGCGCGCGCCCGCUCGACCUCUGCUGCAAUUCUUCGUGCUGCGAUUAGUGAUAACUCUCGGCACUGGCGUCAUAACCGCCGCGUGCAUUUGGUGGCCAGAAGUAACAAGUAUGUAUCGUAAACUACUGCACUGCAAGCAAUCGCCACACAAAUGCCCUCCAUUGCCAUCCGUUGUGCAUUGUUACAACGCCGGCGGCACCACCGGCUCCGUACCUCACCAGAUUCAUCAUCUUGGUCAUCUUACGCCACCGCAGCAUCCUUUGUUACAUCAACAUACAAUGACGAAUUCGCAGAUACCGUACAGAAACCAUAAAAAAUAUCGAAAACAUCGGAAACAUCAUUCCGGCAGUGAAACACAGCUGUUAAUCUUUAAUUAUUACAAACACAAAAUAUUGUGCAUACACACGCAUCAUAGGAGACGAGAUCUCGUACCUUGGUUCUGUGAGAGAGAUGUAUUCUGGCAUGAUACAAUCUUUAUUUAAUACCAUCCGUUGUAAGGAAAUAAAUUCCACUAGAUAACACAUUAUGGCAGUAUCACAUUGGAUAAGAGAAAUAUUGGACAAUAUUUCUGGACAAAACUAAUUCGGCAUACAGAGCACCGAUGUUCUCGUGAAAGUACUCUCUACAUACACCAGUUAAUCCUUUUCUCCUUCUUCGUAGUUGGUAAAAUUUUUAUCUUAUUGUUAAAAUCAUAUUUUUUUCCGAAAUAUGCCUUUAAUUGUAUAUUAUCAUAGAUAAAUACAGGGAAAAAAAUAAUAAUAUCGAUAUUAAAUAUAAUAAUAUUCUAAUAAUAUUAAUAUAAUAAUGUAUUACUAAUAUAAUUAAUAUUAAUAUUAAUAUUAUUAGAAACUUGACUUACAAUAUGUUGUAUUCUUUUCACUUGGGCUCAAUCACGAGCUUUGCUCAUGCGCAUACAUAUGUAAAUCGAUAUUCAACAAAUUAGUAAAAAUGAAUCACAUUUA